AUGUGGAGCGGGAACGCCAGCGCGCCGGAGAAGGCCGCCCAGGCCCCAGCCCCCGUCCGGGAGGUGGUCCAGCAGAAGCCGACCCCAGCCUCAGCGAUGGAACCGACGGAACCGAAGAUGACCCCCAAUCCAGUCCGGUAUGGGCUUCUGCAUAAGGCGGGGUUGCCCCCGGUCCCCAACCGGAGCGGGGCCCCUCACGGGCCCGGCCCGGGCCCGGGCCCGGCCCCCGCCCCGCCCCGCCCAGCCCGGCCCCGCCCCAGCCCGGGAGGUGAUGCUGCAGAAGGCAACCCUGGGCCCCGCCCCACCCCAGGAUGGGAUGCGGCAGAAAGCAAUCCCGGGCCCGGCCCUGGGCCAAGCCUCGAUCCCAGUCCCAGCCCCCGCACCCGGGGGGGGGCGGCCGAAAGCUACCCUGGGCCUGGCCCCGGCCCCCGCUCUGGCCUCGCCCCCGGCCCAACCCCCCGGGGGGAUCCGACAGAAAGCGACCCCGGGCCCCGCCCCAGUCCAGGAGGGGGUUCGGCCGAAAGCAAUCCCGGGCUCGGCCCCGGCCCCGCCCCUGGCUCCGGCUCCGGCCCCAGCCCCCGGGGGGGUCUGGCCGAAAACAACCCCGGGCCCGGCCCUGACUCCGGGUCUAGCUCCAGCCCCGGCUCCGGCCCCACCCCCAGGGGGGGUCUGGCUGAAAGCAAUCCCGGGCCCGGCUCUGACUCCGGCCCUGGCUCCGCCAUCCGCCCCGCAUCGGCCCCCGCAUCGGCCCCCGCAUCGGCCCCGGGGGGGUUCCGGCCGAAAGCGACAUCGGCCCCGGCCUUGACUCCGGCCAUGGCUCCGCCCCCGGCCCCCGCACCGGCCCCCGGGGGGUUCCGGCCCAAAGCAACCCAGGCCCCCGUCCUGACUCCGGCGAUGACUCCGCCCCCGGCCCCGGCACCAGCCCCCGGGGGGUUCCAGCCCAAAGCAACCCAGGCCCCGUCCUGGCUCCGGCGAUGGCUCCGCCCCCGGCCCCGGCAGCAGCCCCCGGGGGGUUCCAGCCCAAAGCAACCCAGGCCCCAGUCCUGGCUCCGGCGAUGACUCCGCCC